CCGAGAUGCCCUCUCCCACCCAGCCACCCAACGCGCAAGGAGACGCCUCGCCCACCGACAACGGCAGACGCUCUCCAAGAAGCCCUCGUUGUCGACUCUCCACAGAGUGAUCGGCUAAUGAGGAGUGUCGACCUCGUCUGCAUGGGUCGAGGGGUGUCUUCGGCGCUGGAGCGGGGCGAGACGGUCGGCCACUGGGCUCGGUCGGCGUCGAUUGACGAGGAGCGGGCGGGUCAUGCUGAUGGGGCGUGGUACGGCCAGAGUGGGGCGUGGUACGGCCAGACUGUGUCCAUCGAGCAGGCCCCUGUCUCAGACCUACUUGGACACUUCCUCGGUAAGCCAGCCACACACAGACCAACCAGCCGACCCAAAGAGGUGAUGUGUCUGUCCGUAUUUGAUACUGUCGUCCCUUCAGGCUUGUUGUGCCAGGGUCCUGACGUCAAGGUGGCGAGAACGCCUUCGGCAUCGAGCCCCUGAGCUCACUCUUUCACCUGAGUCUACGCGCCCUCCUGCUGGCCGGCCUCUGUGCGCAGAUCCCCCGCAUCGGCCCGCGUGGCGCCACCUACCAGACCAACAGCGGCGGCAAGGGCGGGCAGGGCAGGGCACCCGCUCAUUCCCCAAAAAACGAUCUGGAGCCGCAGGGAAGCAGCUCCCCCACUCGAGGUCGGGUGGAGUGAGGCCAGGCUGCCGCUGUCUUGCCCUACUCGGAUUUCAGCAUUGCUCGCAAGUAGACGAUGGUGCUGUUCGGGCUGCAGCCCAUCUCUGAGACCGUGCGGACCAGACCACCAUGAAGGAAAUGAUAGAUACG